AUGGGCAAACCACGGAUGAUCAUCCUCAUCCGCCAUGCUCAAUCCGAAGGAAACAAGAACCGCGAGAUUCACCAGUCUGUGCCAGACCACCGCGUAAAACUCACCGCCGAAGGACACAUGCAAGCGCUAGAGGCAGGUCGCAGACUACGAGAACUACUACGACCCGACGACACCUUGCACUUCUACACCUCUCCAUACCGCCGAACCCGCGAGACCACAGAGAACAUCCUCGAGUCGCUUACCUCCGAUGACCCAUCCCCGUCCCCAUUCCCGCGACACACUAUCAAGGUCUACGAAGAGCCGCGCCUUCGUGAGCAGGACUUUGGUAACUUCCAGCCAUGUUCGGCGGAAAUGUCGCGCAUGUGGCGGGAGAGAGCAGACUAUGGGCAUUUCUUCUACCGCAUCCCCAAUGGCGAGUCUGCUGCUGAUGCGUAUGAUCGAGUGAGCGGCUUUAAUGAGUCGUUGUGGCGCCUUUUUGGUGAAGACUCGUUCGCGAGUGUCUGCGUUCUGGUUACUCAUGGCUUGAUGGCUAGGGUGUUUUUGAUGAAAUGGUAUCAUUUCAGCGUGGAGUACUUUGAGGAUCUACGCAAUGUCAACCAUUGCGAGUUCGUGAUCAUGGAGAAAAACCCAGAUAAUGGGAAGUACAUUCUCCAAAAUAAGCUCCGCACAUGGUCGGCUCUUCGACGCGAGAAGGAAGAAGAGAGAAAAAGGGAAAGAGAGUUGAAAGGGCUCCCACCAACGCCGGCUGAAAAUGAGGUUCCAGUACGACGAAAAUGGGGUGGUUGUCCUGACGGCUGCACGCAUGGCGUGACCUCCAUACCAACAACAUGGCGACCCGCACGACAAGACAAGGCUGAUUUAUUCCGUGAUGAUGAUGGGGGUGAAACGACAGAUGCCAGAAACCGUAGUCCGUCUGCAGAGCGUAAGAAAUCGGCGGCGACGAUGAGAAUUAACCAUCACGGCAAACCCAGACUGAAUAGCCUACCUAUUGAGAUAUCUGCUGAUGAUAUUAUCUCUUCGCCGGAUCAAACACCGUCGUACAUAUCUCUCGCUGGCAUUGUCGGAUCCCCUAAUCCCUCCUCUGUGCCUGAAGUCUCAGUCACUGCAGCAGAAAACAACACUGACGACCACCACCGUCAUCAUCAUCACCAUCAUCACCAUCAGUCACACGGACGAGCAGUCCGGAAGCUCACUAGGGGCGGGCGAUCAUCUAUAUCCCCGCUACGACUGAGCAGCAGCAGCAUCGCCAACGAAGAGUCCGGGCACCUACUACACAUGGGCGGCCGAGAUGGCGGAGGUUCUAAGAGCGGCGUCAACAGCCCGAUUCCGUCGGAUUCGGAAGAAAACGACGCUAUGCUACCCGAGGGGAGCAAGUCGCUUCCUCAGCCGACGCAUACCGUUCAAGACGCCGAAGAUGAUGGCGAUGACGAAGGGGCUGGGUCACGACGAACGAUUCGUCGACACAAACCAGCAUAUUAUCAUCCCGUCAACUCAGCGGCGGCAGCUGGUGGUGGUGCCCCAUUUCAGCUCAAGGCAAAUGCGUUGGGAGACGCGGAUUCAGCCUCGAGUGUAUACGAAGAGGAUGGUGCUCAGCAGGCUGAUAAUGAAGACGAGGAUGACGAUAACAAUAAGGGUGAGUCGAAUCGUGAGUUUGAUCAGCUGAGGAAGCAGGAAGAGAGUGUUGGCGAGUCUGUUUAUUGA